AUUGGGGAUGAAUUCAGAUUUUCAAAUCGAUCCUUUGUUUUCUAAUGAUAUUUAUCACAAGGGCAUGCAGUUUUGAGAAUAUCACGAGGGCCCACCCGUUAUCGAACAAUAAAUUUUAAAACCCCCAAAUUCAUUUGCCCCCAAAUUGGGUUUCUACAGACCACCCUAAUGGCAGCGCAGGCAUUACUCAGAAAUUCAUCCAUUUCAGUCUUCGAUUCUUCAUGGAUAUGUCGGGAUUAUGGAGCCAUUCUUCAAAAUCAUUGUCUAUGUCGACCGAAUUCUGUGGGAAAUCGCGGCGGAGUGAAGAUAUCAGUCCGGUGUUCGGGAAACGGGCCUCAGACAUUGAGGACUUGCAGGAACUGCAAAGCUCAGUUCGAUCCUUUGCUCAAUCAUCCCCGCGCUUGCCGUUACCACACCGCUCAUUUCGGCGGAGAAACUAAGAGGAAGUUUGAGAGUGUAUAUACAGGUGGAACAAUGGACACCCCUAACUCUGGAAAGAUUUUGCAGUACUGGCAUUGUUGUGGGUCAGAAGAUCCCUUUGAUCCUGGAUGUACCUCGUCUCCUCAUGCUUCAUAUGAUGACUGAUAAUUGACUGUAUGAACAUGCUUCAAUGUACAAAUUGAAAAAUUUUUUCCCUCUCCUGUUUCGAUCUCUUUAUGACUCAUAAAUUUCCUGUCAUAUGUCUCUACAUCGUUUAUGUAAACAAUGCUGCAAGAAUUUUGCACUUUCCACUCUGGUUUCAGUUGGGCCUUCAUGUUGAUAUAAGCUUAAUAAGAAACUUGUGUUGGAGAUGCUUGUAAUGUUGUCGAUUCAUUUUAGAAGAAGAAUAGUUGGCUAUAUGUGUUAUUAUAAAAAACAGUAUCUAUUAUAUUUGACAAAGAAUCUUUUCUUUAGUUGUAUAGGUCUAGUUGGCUGAACUAUAGAGCCAGAUCUACCUAAAUUUCGUAGCAUAUUUUGUAUUGCCAAUUUCUUUUACCUUUUCCUUAUAAUUUAAAGAUAGUUGCGGGCAAAAAUAUCAAGCUCCAAGUCACGCAGUUGCUGUAUGAGAGAAAUUGCUCUUCCCGCACCAGUUUUGCUUGUUUUAUUCCUCAGAUGGCAUGUUGUUCAAUUGCCGGAUUGGAAUCAAAGAAGCACGCUGUGCAUCCAUCAUGGAACAUGUAAGAGAGCUGAUUCAUGUUGCCAUAGUUCACGCUCUUCAUCCAAAGUAUGCGAAGAAUAGCGUAGGCUUUUGCCAUAAUGUAGAUUGGCGCAAGGAUUGCAACUGUUUGCAGCAUCACCAACUGCAGCACAAAAUACAGUUUCUUUAAUCAGGUAAACGCUAAACACACAUGGACAUAAGAGAAUGGAUAACCUCACCAUCAACCAAGAAACUGAGUAUUCACCGGGACUGUACAUAACAAAGGGAAGUGUGUGCCGCAAAACCAGAAGAACUACAAACUGAGUUGGAUAAAGUAACCGAUCAGCUUCAUCUUUUAAAGUGAAGAUAACAGUCAGAGAGACGUAGAGCUCAUACAAUAAUAGUAACAGCCCUGCAGCAGACGAGGCUUCCAGAAGUGAGCAUUGGAUACUCCUCAAAGUUGGGUUCCAUGAAGUUCUCAUCCGAAGCAAUAGUUGGUAUCAGGUGAUUGUUAUUCAGCUCAACUCUCGAAAACUCCCAAUCACCCCUGUGUAGAUUUAUACAGUAAGAGUUAACAAUAGUAAGCACUUGACAAGAAAAAAGGGUACGAAUAAAUGGCACGG